GACCCGAUCUACGCGCUUGUGAAGCGACUCUUGCCGGUGCAAUACCAUGAUCACUUCGUGUUUUCCCUCAAACCAGACCUCGUGCCUGCGUCCUCGACCAACAUACACGACACCUUCAGGAUCUCAAACGGGAGUGAUGGGGUCAGCGUCGUGAUCGAGGGGGCCACUUUGUCAGGUUUAGGCGCAGGACUGAACUACUACAUCCGAAACAUCUGUCAGGUCGAGAUGUCAUGGAGCGGCGAUAGGUUCAGUGACAUGCCAACAGUGCCUCCAGUAAUCGAUACGGCCAAGGGAAUCAUCAGGGCGAGCUUUGUGCCAUGGCGAUACUACAUGAACGUAGUUACGUUCGGAUACUCGUUUGUGUUCUGGGACUGGACACGAUGGGAGCGGGAGCUUGACUGGAUGUUCCUAAAUGGCAUCAAUAUGGCGUUGGCGAUGGUUGGACAGGAGUAUGUCUUCCGACAAAUGUACGAAAACCUGGGCUUGACACGAGAGGAGCUCAAUGGAUUCUUUGCUGGGCCAGCAUACAUGCCUUGGCAACGUAUGGGCAAUAUUCAAGGCUCAUGGGGCUUCCCGAAUGAUACACAGUACAAGAAUGAUUGGAUCGACAGUCAGUGGGAGCUGCAAGGACAUGUUAUGAGCAGAAUGAACGACCUCAACAUCACGGCUGUGUUGCCAGCUUUCAACGGUUUCGUGCCUCGGGAGCUCACCAAAAAGUUCCCUGACGUCAAGUUUAACCAGUCUUCACAAUGGGGCUUCUUGGAGGACCCAUACUCUCGCAACACCUUCAUCUCCUCAGCAGACCCCUUCUUUGCCAGUAUGACCAAGCGAUUUCUUCAGACUCAACAAUCGCUCUAUCAUCAAAAGGGUCUUGAGUCAAACGCUGACAACCAGUUCUAUCUCUUGGACCUGUUCAACGAGAUGCAUCCGGUGUGCAUGGAAACCGAAUGCUUGAAGCAGUUAACCAGCGAAGUAAUGAAGGCGCUCAAGGCCGCAGAUCCCAAGGCCAUUUGGGCCAUGCAGUCCUGGUUCAUGCUUCCUGUGGUGGAGGAUAUCUGGCACGAGCAGGAAAUUAAGGCAUUUUUUGAUGGGAUCCGGACGGUGAACGACGGACGAGAUGCGUUUGUGAUCGAUCUGUACUCGGACGUGGCACCCCUCUGGAAUGUAACACAGGGGUUCUUUGGCAUCGAUUGGGGUUGGAGCAUGCUGAACAACUUUGGUGGUGGCCAGGCUCUCUACGGCACGCUGCCGACGCUUCUCACGGAACCCUUCAAAGGAUAUCAGGAACCCGCCAAGGCGAUGCGCGGUAUGGGGAUUACGAUGGAGGGCAUCAACAACAACGAAUACCUCUACCAACUCAUCCUCGACAUUCCUUGGGAUCAACCUCCACUGGACGGCCAAAAGCACCUCGAGGCAUAUCUGAAGCGCCGCUAUGGACCUAACCAGACCUCGGACGCGGUUCUUGAGGCAUGGACCACACUUUCACAAACCGUAUGGGACUGUAGCAGAGACCAUUUUGCCCAGCCAAAGUCGUACUUGGAUCUCACCCCAGCUUUGGAGAUGAACCGUACCGGCUUCCUGCCGACUAUUUUCGACUAUAACCAGGCCAAGGUUGUACGUGCAUGGACCCAAUUUGUUCAGUCGACUGAGACGGAGACCUCGCAACUCCCGCUGAACGUGUCUAGUUUCCGCUACGAUCUCGUAGAUGUGACCCGCGAGAUCAUGGCCGCGAUCGUGAUCCCAGGUCUGCACCAUGAACUCGUGGACGCAUACAAGGCCAAGGACCUUGCUCGUACGCGGUACUGGGGCCGUCUAAUCCUCGAAGCGAUCAAGGACACGGACCGCAUCCUUGGCACACAUACGCAUUUCAUGCUCGGUCCCUGGAUCCGUGACGCGCGCCUCGCUGCCAAGACUGCCUCGAGCUCGACAUCCAGCCGGUACCAGAACUACGUGGAACACAGUGCGCGCAACCAGAUUACAUGGUGGGUUCCUGCUGGACAACAGGGUCUUGCGGAUUAUGCGGGAAAGCAAUGGAGUGGACUUGUGAAGGAAUUUUACUACCCGCGCUGGAAGAUUUUUGUGGACCGACUGGUGACUGCCGCGCAGAAGGGUCGACAGCUGGACUACAAGGCAUACUUGGCAGAUUCGCUCAAGGUGGAGAGUGUUUGGCUGAAGCAGACGACCUGUUUGGGCAGUAGUCACGGUAGCAGGUGCUCUUCAAAGCACACGUUUGCACUGGAGCCCGUGGAGGAUACUGUAAUAGUAGCGCAGGAUCUGUGGGAUCGAUGGAACAAGAUCGCCGCACGGCUUGCAGAAAAGGCUGACAAAAAGGCCUGAGGGAGAAGAUGAUG